GAGGAGCUGGCUGACUGUCUGCAGAGACGAAGUCAUUCUGCAGUUUGUCAGCGUGAACUAAAAUGUAACCUGCAGAAGAAGUUCCAGUGUGUGUUUGAGGGGAUCGCUAAAGCAGGAACCCCGACCCUCCUGAAUCAGAUCUACACAGAGCUCUACAUCACAGAGGGAGGGACUGCAGAGGUCAAUGAUGAACAUGAGGUCAGACAGAUUGAAACAGCAUCCAGGAAACCAGUCAGACCAGAAACAACCAUCAGACAACAAGACAUCUUUAAAGGCUCACCUGGACGAGACGAACAGAUCAGAACAGUGAUGACAAAGGGAGUGGCUGGCAUCGGGAAAACAGUGCUAACACAGAAGUUCACUCUGGACUGGGCUGAAGACAAAGCCAACCGGGACAUCCAGUUCACAUUUCCAUUCACGUUCAGAGAGCUGAAUGUGCUGAAAGAGAAAAAGUACAGCUUGGUGGAGCUUG